AUGACCGGAAUAUCCAACGCAGAUGAACACUCUACCCGGGCCAACAAGUCCCAGAACGAAGAGGCACUCGCAAUGGAAUCACUCAAAAGCCUCGACGAGUUCGAAUCGCUCGCCAUAAAACAAAAAAGCAAAAAAGCUUGGUCCUUCAACUACGCGGCUGCCGGAGACCUUAUCUCCAAAAGCCUGGACCGAGAGGUCUACCGCUCAAUCCUCCUCCGGCCACGCGUCCUCGUCAACGUCAAAGAAUGCGACAUGUCGACGACAAUCAUCGGCCAGAGAGUCGGGCUGCCUAUUUUCGUAUCGCCCAUGGCAAUGGCCCGAUUAGCGCACCCGACAGGCGAAGCUGGCAUUUCAGCCGCGUGUGGAGGGUUCGGUGUCAUGCAUAUAAUCUCGAAUAAUGCGUCGAUGACUCCCGAGGAGAUUGUCGCGGGAGCCGCGCCUGAGCAGAUCUUUGGGUUCCAGCUUUAUGUCCAGACGGAUCGCACUGAGAGCGAGGCUGUCCUGAUGAGGAUCAAUAAGUUGUCCGCGAUUAAGUGCAUUGUCCUCACCGUCGACGAGCCCGUCCAAGGAAAGCAUGAGCUCGGACCGAGAGGGUUCGAACCAUACGACGAUGCGCAGACCGAGGUUCCAACUCAACGAGAAGAGCCAUCUCAACCAGGCACAGAUGUUAAAGUGGCCAUCCCAUCGGUCUCCGGGCCGGCUUCUGAUGCCGAAUGGGAGAUUACGCUACAAUGGCUCGCGAAACACACUUCGCUACCGAUUAUCAUAAAAGGCAUUCAGACCUACGAGGAUGCUGAAGCCGCUGCUACAUAUGCUCACGUAAAAGGCAUUAUCUUGUCGAACCACGGGGGCGUGUCCUUGACACUGCGCCGCCGGCUAUUCACACCUUACUCGAAAUCCAAGCUGGAUAUUAUGGUCGAUGGGGGUAUUCGACGCGGGACAGAUGUUGUGAAAGCGCUAUGCCUAGGUGCGAGGGCAGUGGGUGUUGGGCGACCAGCGUUCUGGGGUCUUGGUGCCGGUGGUAUCGCUGGGGUUGAGAGGAUGCUCCAGCCACAGGAAACGAGAACUUGCAUGAGCUUGUUAGGUGUGCGGAGAGUCGCAGAUCUGGGAAUACGCCAUGUUAAUACGAGAAUUGUAGAGCAACAUAUUUAUAACACGGAUUCGAUUUGA